AUGUCGGGCGAACUCACAGUGUACAACAAUGGGUUCCCCAGCUCGACCACCACUGUCGUUAACAUGGUUGAGCCAACAGCGACCAUCAAAGCUUCCAGCACUGUCCUGGUCCUGGUUCCUCCUCACGUCCGCUCUACCACAACAGUCCUCAGUACUGUUUCCACGCACCGCUUGCUAGUCUCUCCAACUGCCACGAGAACUCGUCAUUCAUCUUCGACAGUCCGAUCUACUAGUCGUUCAUCCUCAACUGCCUCAUCUACCCGCUCAAAAUCAAUUCACACUCCAGUCACAACUACGACAGUGACUACGAAGCGUUGCAAAACUACUUCGAUAACUCGAUCUGCCAGUUCCAGAACGGUUCGUUCUUCAAAGCCAACCACUUGGUCUACCAGUUUCAGAACGGUUCGUUCUUCAAAGCCGAACACUUCAAUCAGCUACUCUACUCGUUUCAAAACGGUCCAUUCCUCUGAAGCGACCGUAACUACGACCAGAACUACCAAGCGUUGCAAAGACACUCCCACUUCGCGCUCUUCGGUCAAGACAACCAUUACCACCAGUCAAGGAGCUUGA